AUGGCGACAAUCCAAGCCAUCGAGGCCCGCUCUGUACACCAAAUCCAAUCGGGUCAAGUCAUCGUUGACUUGUGCUCUGUCGCCAAAGAGCUUGUCGAAAACAGUCUGGAUGCCGGCGCAACAACAAUCGAGGUCCGAUUUAAGAACAAUGGACUGGACCUAAUUGAGGUCCAAGAUAACGGCAGCGGGAUCUCGCCGGAGAACUAUGAGAACGUCGGUGAGUUGUCACUUUCUCUCUUGUUACAUUGCGCUCAAGCUGACUCUCUCUUCCUCUUAGCAUUGAAACACUAUACCUCAAAACUGUCCUCAUACGAUGACCUCUCCAGCCUGCACACCUUCGGUUUCCGGGGCGAGGCGAUCUCCUCACUCUGCGCGUUGGCCGAUUUCCACAUUGUUACGGCACAAGAAAAACAAGUUCCCCGCGCGAAUCGAAUCGAUUUUGAACAAUCUGGGAAACUUCAGAAGACACAGAUCGUGGCUGGGCAGAAAGGAACGACCGCAUCAGUAGAAGGCAUCUUCAAGCGGCUUCCAGUGCGUCGGCGGGAAUUGGAGAAGAAUAUCAAGCGGGAAUAUGGGAAGGUUCUGAAUCUGCUGCAUGCAUAUGCAUGCAUUAGCACUGGGGUCCGGUUCAGUGUCAGGAACACUGUUGGCAAGACGCGGAACGUGGUGGUCUUUUCUACAAAUGGAAAUAAGACUACCAAGGAGAAUAUUGCCAAUGUGUAUGGCGCAAAGACAUUAUCUGCCCUGAUAUCCCUUGAUCUAGAGCUGGAGUUUGAGCCUGCCGCAGCUACGAAACGGGUUGGUGAUGACCAACUGAGUAAAAUUCAGGUUCGAGGCCAUAUCUCACGUCCUGUAUUCGGCGAGGGCCGUCAGACUCCAGAUCGCCAGAUAUUCUUUGUCAACUCGCGGCCAUGUGGCUUGCCGCAGAUUCAGAAGGCGUUCAACGAGGUUUACAAGUCGUUCAAUGUCUCACAGUCGGCGUUUAUCUUUGCGGACUUUCAGAUGGAUACAAACGCUUACGAUGUCAAUGUUUCACCUGAUAAGCGGCAAAUUCUGCUUCAUGAUGCGGGCGCUAUGAUUGAAUCGCUCAAAGUUUCUCUUACGCAACUGUUUGAGGAUGCGGACCAAACUGUGCCACAGUCAUCGGUCAAAUCCAAGCCUUUGCCAAAGCAACAACCGCUAUCAUCGCUUCCAGGGUUCGUUUCUGCUCGGGAACUGAACCAAAACGGUGGACUUAGAAGUCCAAGUCAAGAUAGGACUAAAGAAAGCUCGGCAGAGACUCCAGGUGUAAGUCAACAGAGUGCGAUUCAGCGUUUCACAAGCUCACAAGGGGGCAUGUCGAGGGUGCAAGCCACGCCAUCUCCAGCUCCAUCAAUACGAACACCACGGGCUGCAACCAGUCGCUCUUUGAUGUCGACGCCAGCCCCAAGUGAGCUAGAAACGCCUGCUGCGGCGAUGUCUGACGAUGAACUUUUCGUCCGAGAAGCCGCCCAGGGGGAGCCUGAACCAACCCCUGUCCCCGAUGAACCCUCAUCCCAACCAUCAGGUCCUGAUGAGACCCCAUCCCGCGCUCGUGGAGACCCAGAAGAAAUCCCCAACAUUGUCCAAAAUGCCUUCCAUAGAAUGCGUCCGCGAAGAGAACCCGCCGAACUGGCUACCAUCACUAUCGGCAACCGAACUGUAAUGUCCAUGGUCGGCAGUGGUCCUUCACGAAAGCGAAUCCCAGAAGAUCCACCUUUAAUGAGAGAGCCGCCUCGGCGGAAGAGACGGAUACACACACCAUCACGGCCUAAUAUAUUUGGUGAUCAUAUGAGAGCGUUUGCUGCACCGGGGUCGCAGCUGGCUGACGAAGAAGAUGAAGAACCCUCCGCUAGUGAAAAUGACCAGAUUGAAGACGAUGGAAAUAACCUUUCCAGUGAAAUCAAGGACGCACAAGGCGCUGAGGAAGAGCCCGUAGACGAAGGCUCUCCGCCUGAGGAUCUCGACUAUAUUCCUGGCCAAAGUGCAGCUCAAUUAGAAGCAGAAAACACCGAGGCAAGAGACAAAGACACUACUUCAGAUCACACUCUCGAUGAAGCUGAGAAGAAAGCGCAAGAAGAAGCUACUGUUCAACGGCUCAUUCAAGAAGCCGAGAAGGCUGCUGUGCUCCCCCAAGAAAACAGCGCGAAUCGCGCAAAGAAGAUGAGCAAGGGCGCUGCGCAUCGUGACGCGACUGUACAGCUUGUCGGCACGGUAGAUGGGUCUAUUUCACAUCUCCAAUCUCAACUCAGCACAUUGCGAAAGACCCUGCAGGCGGGCACCAAGAAAUCGCAAGAGGAAGCCACUGAUCUUGGCGAGAAAACCGCCGAGGACAAACUUUCCUUAACUGUGAGCAAGAACGAUUUUGCCCAAAUGCGCGUCAUCGGACAGUUCAACCUGGGCUUUAUCAUUGCAGUCCGUCCAGGAGAAGACCACGAUGAGCUCUUCAUCAUUGACCAGCAUGCCUCUGAUGAGAAAUUCAACUUUGAGCGCCUGCAAACUGAAACCGUGGUGCAAAACCAGCGACUUGUCCGUCCGCAACGCCUCGAUCUCACUGCCGUCGAAGAAGAGGUUGUCCUUGAGAAUCGCGCCGCUCUUGAGAAAAAUGGUUUCCUCGUGACUGUCGACGAAAGCGGCGAUGAGCCUAUUGGUGGUAGAUGUCAACUGGUUUCGUUACCGCUGAGCAAGGAAGUGGUAUUCGGGGUACGCGACUUGGAGGAACUGAUCGUGUUGCUGUCAGAGUCAAUUUCCACGUCGGAUGGAUUGUCGGUACCACGGCCAAGUAAAGUGCGCAAGAUGUUUGCUAUGCGCGCUUGUCGCUCAAGUAUCAUGAUCGGGAAGACCUUGACGAAUCGCCAAAUGGAACGAGUCGUUCAGAACAUGGGGACUAUCGAUAAACCGUGGAAUUGUCCCCACGGUCGACCAACCAUGCGACACUUGAUGAGUCUGGGCCAGUGGGAUGAAUGGAAUGAAUUUCAGGAAACCGAAGGACUCGACCCUUGGAAACAAUACUUGGAAGCAGAAGAUGAAGAAGACGAAGACGAAGAAUAG